AUGAGACGAAGGAGCUGCACAUGCCCCCACCCUUGGUUCAGCUCCCCCUUGUGGACAUCCUCGGGGUGGGGGGACAGGAAGGCUAAGUCACUGGAGCGCCUGUUCCUGGCCUCCAUUCAGCAUCAGAAUUGGCACUUCUGCAGGGGUGCCCUGGACCAACGCUUUGUGUUGACAGCAGCCAGCUGCUUCCAGAGCCAGAACCCCAGAAUUGCCACGGUGGUGCUGGGGGCCUAUGACCUGAGGCAUCGAGAGAGUUCCAGGCAAACAUUCUCCAUCAGGAGCAUCAGCAAGAAUGGCUACGAUCCUCAGGAGAACUUGAAUGACCUGCUGCUGCUGCAGCUGGAGGGUGAGGCGCUGGGACCCCUGCCCUAGCAGAACGCCAUGGUGGAAGCCAACACCAGCUUCCAGGUGGCAGGCUGGGGGAUCCAAUGGCAUAGGGCAGGGGGACGUACCUCCAGUUCCCCAAGGGUCUCCAAUGCCACCAUGACCCCCUUGGACCAGUGUCACCCCAACAAUGUGUGCACUGGCAUUUUUACCUGCUGGGGUGGCAUCUGCCAGGGUGAUGGGCUGGUAACGGGUGCCCCUCAUCUAUAA